CUCGGAUACAACUGUCUGACACCGCUUGAGGCCCCCUGGUACGUUGGGAAGAUUUGGAAAUGGACCGUUUCAACGAGUCUGGUAGCUCUUUGGGCCACCUCAGACAGCGUUGAACUGCCACUUUAUGUUCAGCGAUGCCUGCCAGUGGGGUCGACUUCGAGAGUGCGGCUUGUCCAAUCACACGAGGCCUAAGACUUUGUCUCAACAACAAAUCUCCUUCACCUGUCUCACGAAGCAUUGAACCCUUCAACGACAUGCCUUCCGCGCAAGCCAUCGUCCUGCCGGGCGACACCAUCGCUCCCAGUGCGCUCCCGACCUCUGCGAACCCAAACAAGCCUCUAACACUCGGCCCUGGCCUCCGCCAUAUCCCACCGCAAACCAUUACGACUACCAUUGCUGGUGCCUUGUCAACCGAUUCAAAGAAGAAUGCAGCCUGGAUAGAGUAUAACAGUGGUCGGUAUACACCGUCUACCUCCGACCUAGUCAUCGCUACAGUUACAAACUCAGUCUCCGAGGCAUACACCUGCACCCUUACCCCAUACACCCCUACAGUAACGCUGCCGCACUUGGCAUUCGAAUCUGCAACCCGCAAGACUCGUCCACAGCUAGCCAACCAUGCCCUCGUCUACGCUCGCGUUGUGUCCGCAUCCCAAGACACCGCCCCCGAAAUCACUUGUAUAGAUCCUAGCACAGGAAAGUCUGAAGGCCUGGGGCCUCUGAAAGGUGGCAUGUUGUUCCCCAUUAGCAUGGGUAUGGCGAGGAGGCUGCUAAGUGGCAGGAAAGGCCGUGUCCAGAUCCUAGAGGGCCUCAGUGAACGGCUGGCGUUCGAGGUUGCUGUCGGGAGAAAUGGGAUGCUGUGGGUUGAUGGUGGGAACGUGCGAACAACGUUAGCGGUCGGUCGUGCUGUGCAAGAGGUGGAUACGGAGGCUCUGGGAGAAAAGGGCCAGAGUAAAGUGGUGGAACGUGUGUUAAGAGGGCUAUGAGAGAAAUCACCGUCACUUUCAAUGCUCGGCCAACAAAAUGGAGUUCGGACAUGGCGGUUUUGGGUGCAUUGGGUGGAGUUCACGCCUGGAAUUCGGCGGCAAUAUACCCCUUUCGCGAGAUACGAAGGUAGUGGAAUCACGAUUCUCGUCUACAUGCCACUGCCAUUCGUCUCUGAAUGUUCCCUAAACUCUCUCUUCCCUCUCGGCUCUAAGUCGGGGAUGGAUUCUAACUUUAACGACAUUCGCGAUCUUCGACAACCUUCUACCAGCUGCAAACCGGCGGAAGUAAUCUCGCAGCCAACGUUUCAAAAUCCAAAAAAAGGUCUCAGCUUCUAUCUAUAGCGAUUUCUACUGCAAGGGGAUCUUCAAUGAUACUGUAUAUCGAG